AUGGGGAACUUGCUGGAUUCUUUAGUGGCAAGAAAGGUCUGCGUCAAGGAGACAGUAUCUCUCUGUAUCUCUUUUAUCAUGGCUAUGGAAGCUCUCACACAGUUACUGAACAGAGCUGUUGACGAUGGAAGAAUUAAACUUCAUCCAAAAUGUGAGACUCCAAGAGUAACACACCUUUUGUUUGCGGACGACCUUCUAAUAUUCUCAGAUGGAUCAAGAACUUCUCACGCAGGUAUUGCAAGUGUCAUGAGGGAGUUCAAAGAAAUGACAUGGCUUGAUAUUAAUCCUCUCAAAUCGGAAAUUUUCUUCGGAGGCUACUUGGAUUCUGAGGCUGCAGCACUGAGUAAUAUGUCUGACUUCAAGAUAGGGACGUUCCCAACCAGAUACUUGGGACUUCCUCUAAACCCUGCGAGAAUCUCGAUGGCAACAUUGCAACCGUUUCUUGAUAAGAUUACUGGCAAGCUCCAAUCUUGGACUACAUUUUAUGCUAAAAUAGACUCGCUGUGUGCUGCCUUCCUAUGGAGAAAUCAUACUGGCUCAGCUUCAGGAGCUCGGGUGGCGUGGAAAGACGUAUGUAAGCCUAAGGCCGAAGGCGGCCUUGGUCUGAGACCACUAGAGGAGUUUGGAACGGUGUUCACCCUUAAAAGGGUUUGGAUCUUUUUCUCUUCAUCAGGUUCUCUCUGGGUUGAUUGGCUGAAAAACCAUGUGUUCCACAGAGAAGGGUUUUGGUCAUUAUCUUAUUAUCCUAGACUGUCUCCCACAGUUCGUAGUAUGUUACAGCUGCACCAUGUGGUCUCUGAGUUCAUGAGAUGUGAAGUGGGGAAUGGUGGAACAGCCUCUUUCUGGUUUGACCACUGGACACGCUUAGGACCUCUGAUUCUAUUUGCAGGACAAAACACCCCUAGAAGCCUUCGUAUCAGGAAGAAUGCUAAGGUUAUUGAAGCCACAAGGAAUGGGGAAUGGUUAAUGCCAGCUGCUCGAUCUCAAGAGCUACAGAGUAUCCAAAUAGAGCUUACUACAAUCUCUGCGCCUAUAGUGGGGAACGAACCGGACAAGUUUCUUUGGCUCAAGUCUGAUGGUACCAAUGGACUCGAAACACACCACCACCUCUUUUUCGAAUGUGAGUACUCGUCAGCGCUGUGGCAACCGUGUGCAUCUACAGUGUGGCCUCUCCCUCCAACAUACAUCCACUCUGCUGCUUCUUGGAUACUAAGACCUCAGCAAGCAAGUAACUCAAGCUCUGCAGUUAUCGUCAAGCUUGUGUUCCAAUCUUCAGUCUACCUGAUCUGGAAAGAAAGGAAUGCUCGCAUCUUCACAGCUACCUCUACUCCUCCCCAAGUGCUACAGAAAGCCCUUGACCGUCUUAUCCGUGACCGGUUGCUCUCUUUUCCGGCCUCGACUCCUUCAUCUCCUUCGAUGCUUGAACUCUACUUCUCCUUCUGUCCUCCUUGA